CAUAUAUGAUGCAACCAUCCCUUCCCUAGAAAGUCCGUCGGUUUUUCUCUUCUUGUCCGGAUCAGCUUUUUACUCUUCUACAUUAUCGAGUCCUAGAGAAAGCGAGAAAGCGUGAAAGCGAGAGCGAGGCAGAAGGGGGAUCCGGGAACGUUGAGGAAAAAAAUGUUCUACAGAGGGAAUUACGUCGAUGGUGGCGAUGGGCGGGAAAUGGGUCCGAAACGGCAGCGGAUACUUGAUCAGCCUACAUCAUUUUAUGGGGCUUCUGCGGGUUCGAGUUUCAUGUAUAAUGAGGCUUCUCCUUAUGCGUAUGCUGGUCAGCCUCCAUUCCCAGUUGUUCGACUGCGAGGGCUUCCCUUUGAUUGCACAGAAGCUGAUGUGACUGAGUUCUUUCACGGUCUAGAUAUUGUUGACGUUCUAUUCGUCCACAAACAUGGUAGGUUCAGUGGGGAGGCCUUUGUUGUUUUAGGUUACCCCCUUCAAGUUGAUUUUGCAGUUCAGAGGAACCGACAGAACAUGGGUAGGCGAUACAUUGAAGUUUUCAGGAGUAAGAGACAAGAAUAUUACAAGGCCAUAGCAAAUGAAGUUUCUGAUGCCCGUGGUGGUUCACCCCGCCAGAAGGCUCGGGCAAGAUCCUAUGAUGAUGCGAAGGACUCAGCCCAACAUACUGGGGUAUUGCGAUUGAGAGGAUUGCCAUUUUCAGCUGGGAAGGAUGAUAUUAUGGAAUUCUUUAAAGAUUUCAUGCUCUCUGAAGAUUCUAUUCAUAUCACGCUCAAUAUGGAUGGGAGGCCCACAGGUGAAGCAUUUGUGGAGUUCGCAAAUCCAGAGGAUUCGAAGGCUGCAAUGGCGAAAGACAGGAUGACCCUCGGGAGUCGUUAUAUAGAGCUAUUCCCUUCAUCUAAUGAGGAGUUGGAUGAAGCAGUUUCAAAGGGACGGUGAUGCAUUCCAGUAGCAGUUGUGUAUAUUUUACAAUGUUUGACUUUAUGAGAUUUUGUUUUUUUUUCCUUUCCUUCUCCUCCCCUCUGCUAGUUUUAUUUUAGUUAGAAUUUCUAAACUUUUCAUCGGCAGUUCUAGUGGUGGAAUAUUUCACAUUUAAAAGGAGUAUGACAGGAACUUCUUUCUUCUGGAAGCACAGGUUAUAUUUUUGUA